AGGUUAUGUAACCUAUUAACGUCGGAGAAAGUUUUUCCGGUUUAAUUUUUUUCUCACAUCCUAGACACUAUCUAGAUGUGAGGAAAAAUAACUGUUUACAGUUAAAGUAACUGCGUACAACCGCUAGUUAAGUGAAAUGUAGAAUAGUGCAAUCCUGUUCUCAAUAACAAUUCGAUUUUCAACAAUGUAUUCUAACUGUGCUAUUUUCACUUAAUUCCAGUUCGGACCACCUCUAGCAACCAACAGAAUGCUCCACUGGCUAAAAGGAAAGCGUUUUACGCGCUAGUUACUCACGUACAGUUGACUUGAUCAAACAUUUCGUAACAAUUAAAUCAUCCACGAUGUUAACUCUGGAGUACUCUGCAAACUACGCCACCACCAAAAAACCCUUCCUCAAAAGCGCCCACUUCUGCAAGGUUUGCCCCUUCUUUACAACAUCAUUUUUUCUGAUGAUGAAUCACAUCAGACGCCACAGUUCGGCGUUGCGACGCUUCAACUGCGUCACCAGCAACGUGGAGAUUUAUUUGUGCAGAGAAUGCAACUUCCAGACCGGACUGACGCGCUUUUUCAAACAGCACAUGGAAGAACACAGCGAACAAAGAAAAGAACAAUACAUUGUUCGAAAGUACCUUUGCGAACACUGCCCUUUUGAGACACAUUUCUCGCUUAAGUGGCUCCAACACUACAAAAGUUGUCCGCGACGGAAAAACCCCCAAACAACGUAUGCCAAAAGUUACACUUGGAAUAAUUGUCGCGAGUUCAAAUGCAAAUGUAAAACGAGUUCGAGUAAACGGAGGUGUUUGGAACACUUGCACGAUAGUGGAAUUUCGUGGUAUUAUUGUCUGAAGUGUUGUUACAAGUGUCAGAGGAAAAGGAACAUACGAAGACACAUCAACCAACACUUGAACGAACAUGUGGUCAAGUGGUACGAAUGCACACUUUGUCCCUACAAAAGUAAGUACAACUCGCAUUUAAAAAAGCACGGGAUUAAACACCUGGAUGAGAAGAAAAUCGAGUGGCAUCAAUGUGAAAAGUGUCCCUAUAAAAGCAAGUACAAGUCGUGUUUAAUCAGCCACAUCAACGUGCAUCAUUUGGACGAGGAGGACGUAAAGUGGCACGAAUGCCCCAAUUGUCCCUACAAAACCAAAUUUAACUCCAACUUGAACAAACACAUUAACAGGCACCACUUGGACGGGACUCAAGUCAGAUGGUAUGAAUGUGAAGAGUGUCCACACAGGACUAGGGAAAAGUCGGAUUUAAAAAAACACAUCUAUGCGCGGCAUUGCAGCGACAACGAUAUUAAAUGGUUCGAAUGCCAACACUGCCCCUACAAAGCCAAAAGAAAAUGUCAUUUAAAUAACCACAUAAAUGCGCGACAUUUGGAUAAAAACGACAUUAAAUGGUUCGAAUGCCAAAGUUGCCCAUAUAAAGCCAAAAGAAACUGUCAUUUGCAAAGUCACAUAAUCGCGCGACAUUUAAACGAGCAAGAUAUUAAAUGGUACGAGUGCAACAUGUGCCCCUAUAAAGCCAAACAAAGUUCGAAUUUAAGGCAGCACAUAAACACGUACCAUUUAAAUGAGCACGAUAUUAAAUUCUUUAAGUGUGAAAAAUAUCCUUAACAAACUAAAUUAUCACAUUGUACUACUUUACUAGGU